AUGGAAAACUACACCUACAACAGCCUUACACUCCAGCUGGAGGGUCUAAAUGUUUCUAAAGAGUAUUUGUACCCUGUCUUUCUGUUUCUCUUUUUCUCUUACCUGUUUAUAAUUGUCACAAAUGUGAGCAUUGCAGUUCUGAUUUUCAUUGACAAAAACCUUCACCAGCCCAUGUAUCUACUUUUUUGCAACCUGCCAUUUAAUGAUAUUCUUGGAAACUCUAUCUUGGUGCCCCGUUUGCUUAUGGACAUGUUGAAGCCUCCCUCUGAACGCCUUAUUGGUUAUCAUGAAUGUGUGCUCCAAGCUUUUACCUCACAUAUGUUUGGUACCACCUCUCACACAGUGCUCAUGAUCGGUCUGACCAUGCGGCUGAACCGAUGUAGGACUAUGAUUGAAAGCCCUUACUGUGACAAUGCCGGUCUGUUUAAACUAUCCUGUGAUAAUGUGUUUAUUAAUAAUGUCUAUGGCCUCACCUUUACUGUAGUCCUGUUCACAGCUUCAAUUGGCACUAUGGUUAUCACCUAUACUAAGAUAACAGUAGUCUGUCUCACCAGUAACAGCAAGUCUUUGAACAGUAAAGCUCUGAAGACCUGCAGCACUCAUCUGGUUCUUUUUCUGAUUAUGAUUUUUAGUGGAAUGUCUAUUAUUACUCUGCAUCGCUUCCCUCAGUACACAAACUACAGAAAAUUCACCAGCAUUUUGUUUCAUAUUGUCCCUGGCAGCCUUAACCCCAUCAUUUAUGGUGUGCAGUCAAAAGAGAUACGAAUGUUUUUGGCCAACUCCUUUAAGUCGAAGAAAGUUUGGCCAUUAUGUUAG